AAAAAUUGACCUUUAUUAUUGCACAAAACUUAAAGCACUGUGAGUGCCAUAACCCAAGUCCAAACCAAAUAUCCAGUAGAGAGACAACAAACAAAUGUGAGAAUGAAAAGCUUGCUUGGGUUAGUAAUCUUUAUCUGAGAUAUGAAGAAAGAGGAAUCUGUAGAAAAAGCACACCCUAAUUCAGAGGGUAGAGAAGAUGAAGAAGAAGAAGAAAAUACCAUAGAACAAAGGAAUAACAACAACAAUAAGAAUAAGGAGAAUCACCACCACCACUCAGUUUCUCCUCCCGAAAGCAAUUCCCCUUCUCCAUCGCUCCAUUCCCUCUCCAACUCGCCGAUUUCCAACGAUCACCUCUCCGUCGUGCAACCGCCUUUCGUUACGGCUCACCGAUUCCAGGUCGAACCGACUGUGAUCACUAAGAUAGACCCUGCGGCAGAAGAGGGUUUCGUCGGCGUCAAAGGAACUACAAACGGUGGUGGUAAUCGGGGAUUAAGACCAGAUGUAUCGAGUUUGUUGAGCAAGGUUUUGUUAGGUUUUAGAAUCUCUGCUUUUGUUUUCUGUUUGGUCUCUUUCUCGGUUUUGGCUGCUGAUCAAAAAAAGGGUUGGGCUCAAGAUUCUUUCUUUUUGUACAAGGAAUUCAGAUAUAGCUUAACAGUGAAUGUGAUUGGAUUUUUGUAUUCUGGAUUGCAAAUAUGUGAUCAAGCGUACUACUUGAUCACCAGAAAGCACAUAGUGGAGCACAUGCUAAGGGUUUACUUCACUUUUGCACUUGAUCAGAUAAUUGAGCCAAACACUGGCCAAGGUGGUUUCAAAGAUCUUGACAUACCUUCUAAUGUCAGCAUCCUCAUCAGCUGCCACUAGAGCCUAUGACUGGGAGUCAAACUGGGGUCACGACAAGUUCCCGUACGUGGCGAAUGCAUCCGUGGUUUUGUCCUUCAUUGCUUUUGCGGUGUUUGCAUUGUCCUCUCUAGUCUCAGGUUCUAUCGUUUGUCGGUUCAGAUAGUUUGUAUGAAUACUGCAAUUGAGGUAUGCAAACUCUAAUAGUCGUUCUGGAUUGGAAAGUAUCACAGGUUUUCAGAAAGAAUACUUUGUACAUAAAUGUGAAAAUUCACUUUCUGCCCAUGUUGAUUAUAUAUUUAAUGAGAAAGGGGAUAUGGACAGAGUAUGUAGUAGUUAUUUUUAAAAGUGGUUAAUAGACUUAUAUGGUAAGAUAAUUGAUUCUUAUUGUAUAAUUUUACAUCGAUAAUGCAUAGCCAAUUAGUCAUUAAUUAAACUCUAUAUUUAUUGUAAAGAUACAGAUCGGAUUGUUUACAACUUGUUGAGCUACCAUUAGCAAGUCUUGUA